AUGGAGGAGAUAGGCGGCGAACUGCAAGUCAGCCGCAACGGGGGAUUGAAGAUGAUGGCGGGGAACGCAGAGCAAUGUGGCGAUGACGAUCCCGAUCGCGAAAGGGAAGGAAAGGAUGGUCGGUGCCCCAGGCCAAACCAGCGGAAAGCAGCGCGGGAGUGGCGACUCAAGAACCGAGAACCACGCUGUCGGUACGGGGUUGUGCUGGUCGAGUUGGGAUGGCAAUCGUGGAGGGACGAGGCUGAGCGGAGGGGGAAAAGACACUGCGCACUUAAAGCGGAAAUGGUGCGGGCGCACAGGGUUGGGCGACGAAGCGUCCCAGAGGCGGGGGACGGUUUGGCAGAAUGUGUGGUGAUGGAGUUGAUUCAACAAUACCUGCAAUGGCUCAAAUAUUAG